GGACCCUCUCUCAAUACGGGAGGCGCUACCUGCUAGCGGCCCAACCGGCGCCGAGAUGCCAUCAUCUUGUCAUCCUGGGCUGCGAGCACCGCCUCCUUGGCCGCACAUGUCGCGACAAUACAAGAGCCUCACUUGCCUGCCGUCAUGCCCAUGUCGCGCGUCACCGUACAAGCAAUUUCUCGGCAUCGGUACUGAAGCCCACGGUCGCGAAGGAGGUCCAGGCACGCCGGCACACAGAUCGCCUGCAACGUCUAGCGGGCAUACGUACCCAUCAAUCGGCCCUUACUCAGAACCCAAAAGCUUGUUCUUGCACUUUUUAAACGUCAGGAUAUCUCCCGGCGGUUUUUUCUGGCCCCAAGACCAUCUUGCAGUGUGAAUUUCCAGCAUUGCUACGGGGCGCAACAUGUUGACUCAGCGCGCCACAGAGACAGAGAGGCCUGAUCUUGAUACUAGCAAGAUCAAAGAGUGGCGCUCAAUAGUGACCCUCAUUGUUUUCGUAUUGACAAACAUCAAUGUUCUGUUUCCAUUCCACAUACCCAUCUAUGUGCCGCGGAUAAUAUGGACCCCAUUCCUCAAGACCGUGAGCGCGUUGCGCAUCAUCGCACCACCACAACACCCAACGAGGGUCCGGAAUGGCAAGCCUGGACCAUUCGUCCGGUUCGACUUUCCCAUGAACUUUAUAACAACACCUCUGGUAGCGGAUCUCUUUCUACUUGCCAUUCUUGCCAUUGGCGCAAAAGAAGUGAGAGGCGGCACCCUUGGUGAUCAGGGUAUUGUUCCAUACGACAUCAUGCUGUUCUUUCUCUCCCUUGCUUACAUCGCCAUCUCUGUCGAUGCUUCCGGUCUCAUUCGAUGGCUGGCUUUCAAGGUUCUGCAGAAAGGAGGAAAAGUCGGCCAUCGGCUGUUCUUCUACCUGUAUGCCUUUUUCUUCCUUCUCACAGCCUUCAUCGGUAAUGAUCCGGUCAUCCUAUCUGGUACUGCGUUCCUGUCGUACAUGACGCGCGUAUCAAGCAACAUCAAGCACCCAAGGGCGUGGAUCUUCACGCAGUUCUCAGUCGCCAACAUCGCAUCGGCGAUACUGGUAUCAUCCAAUCCGACCAAUCUAGUCUUGGCGGGCGCGUUUGGGAUUACAUUCAUCAAGUACACGGCAAACAUCAUCGUACCGGUUCUCGUCACAGGAAUCGUACUGUAUCCUUUCUUGUUGUACAUCAUCUUUCACGACGAAUCUCUGAUCCCCGCCUCCAUCAAGAUGGAAGACCUUCCAGAUGAGCUCAAGAACAAGAAACCCGUCAAUCCCAAUAUUCCUUUUGCCAAAGGUGGACUGGAAGAGAACGACAGCGAUCCCAGCAGCGACGACGACGAACAAGAAAAGAAGUUGUCCCUCGAGGAAGUCUUGAACCCCUUCUUGGAUAGGAAAGGCGCAAUGUUUGGAGCAGCGAUUAUGGCAGCUACGCUGAUUACUGUUUUGGCAAUCAAUGCUGCCUCUCAAGGUUCUCAUGAACGUCCGGUGUUCUGGGUCACUUUACCUGCUGCAUUCGUUAUGCUUAUCUUCGAUCUCACAAUGGGUUGGCUGAACAGAGCAGAGACACGUAAAAUCGCUCACGAGGGCCGACGCAGGGCAGAGGCUGCACUUGCUGAAAGAGCUGAGACUAGAAGGCAGUCUGUCAUACAGGAAGAGCUGGACGCCGUUGCCACUCACGCGGAUCACGAAACGGCCCAGAACCCCGAGGAGAAGUCGCAGCCAUUGGCUGAGGCGUCCAGUCACAUAUUGAGCGGUCGAACACGAGAGAUGAUGGGCGCUGAACUCUCGUCACAGGAAGAGAAGAAGCUGGAGCCAUCCAAGAGACCGAUGCCAACCACCCUCGCAUCACUCGUCGCAGACACGUAUAGAUGGGCACAGGAGACGUUUCCAACAACUAUGACCGUGUUCCAUCAUCUCCCUUUGGCGCUCGUUCCCUUUGCCUUUUGCAUGUUCGUGCUGGUUCAGGCUCUAGUCACGAAGGGCUGGGUUCCGGUCUUUGCACAUGCAUGGGACCACUGGGUUGAGAAGACUGGGACGGUUGGAGCGAUCGGCGGCAUGGGCUUCGUCUCAGUCAUACUCUGUAACUUUGCUGGAACUAACAUCGGCACCACAAUCCUCAUCUCCAGAGUGGUUCAAUCGUGGCAAGAAAUCCACCGUCAGAACGGCAUUCCGAUUUCAGAUCGAACGUUCUGGGGCACGAUAUACAGCAUGGCGAUCGGCGUCAAUUAUGGUGCUUUCAGUCUCGCGUUCAGUGCAUCGCUGGCUGGCAUGCUCUGGCGCGAUAUUCUGGGCAGAAAGCACAUCCGUGUUGGUGGACUGGAGUUUGCGCGCGUCAAUCUGCCCAUCAUUGCGAUCACCAUGCUCGUCGGUCUGGUCGUUCUCGUUGGCGAGAUCUACAUCAUGAGGACCGAUAACCCUUAUGAUAGCUGAUGAGCCAGAACAUAAGGGCUGUACAUAUGUAUUGUAAACUGCGCUGUACGCCACGUCAAAAGUAUUGUUUCCUCUUCCGACCUUCUCAGUCGCCAUCGCCGCAUUUGGACGUACAGCAACAGCCUGGAAUGAACUAUACGGAGUCCUGUGUUCAGGCCAUUACUCUUCUGAAGCUUCGUGCUUUGAUGAUAGUACUAGGCUUGGGAACGAGACGAGCGGCGACUGGGAAAGAGACAUCAACAGAUGGAUGGACGGCGGAUCAAGCAUGGAAAUGGAAAAUGGGGGGAUUGCGGCUGGGGAAGACAGGCA